AGUGGGAGUUUUCAGCGGGGUCGUAUGAAUUUGAGGACACGUUAUUACCGGCAGUGCGACGACACCAUUCGCCCCUUCUGGCUGCCGGGUAGCCUUCAUCUGGAAACUUCUACACCCUUCUAGGCCUUACCCGACUCCGCAAUCCCCACCCUUCUGCUCUGUCCCUUUUCUUCCUUCUUCCUUCCCUUAAAAUCUGACAAUCAACCCUGCAGCGGCCCAUCUGUUGGAUACCCACUAGCCUAUUAAAAUCUUCGAGAGGUCGUGCCGAAGCAUUCAAGUAGUCCAAGUUUAGAAGAAGAAGAAGAAGAAGAUGGGUGUGGAUUACUAUAAGAUUUUGCAGGUAGAUAAAUCUGCUAAAGAUGAAGAUUUGAAGAAAGCCUACAGGAAGCUUGCCAUGAAGUGGCACCCCGACAAAAAUCCUAACAACAAGAAAGAAGCCGAGGCCAAAUUCAAGCAGAUCUCUGAAGCUUACGAGGUUCUAAGCGAUACCCAGAAGAGAGCUGUGUAUGAUCAGUAUGGAGAAGAGGGGCUUAAAGGGCAAGUGCCACCAGAUGCCGCGGGACCAGGCGGGGCUUCCUUCUUCCAAACCGGGGACGGGCCGACGGUGUUCAGAUUCAAUCCGAGAAACGCCAAUGACAUUUUUUCAGAGUUUUUUGGCUUUUCGAGCCCGUUUGGAGGGAUGGGCGGCAGUAGCGGCGUCGGCGGUAUGAGGUGUCGUUCGAGGUUUCCCGGCGGGAUGUUUGGGGAUGACGUAUUUGCUUCAUUUGGAGAGGGCAGGCCAAUGAGCCAGGUGCCUCGAAAGGCGCCUCCCAUCGAGAACACGCUGCCCUGUAGCCUGGAAGAACUCUACAAGGGGAAUACCAAGAAGAUGAAGAUCUCAAGAGAGAUUGCCGAUGCCAGUGGAAAAACCUUGCCGGUGGAGGAAAUUCUAACGAUUGGGAUCAAACCUGGAUGGAAGAAGGGAACCAAAAUCACAUUCCCGGAAAAAGGAAACGAGCAGCCAAACGUGGUACCGUCUGAUCUCAUCUUCAUAAUCGACGAGAAACCACACAGCACAUUCACAAGGGAAGGCAACGACUUAGUGGUGACGCAGAGGAUUUCACUUGCAGAGGCUCUAACGGGGUACACCGUCCAUCUCACAACCCUAGAUGGAAGAACUCUCACCAUCCCAAUCAACAAUGUGAUCCAUCCCAGCUACGAAGAGGUUGUGCCCAGGGAAGGCAUGCCCAUUCCAAAAGAACCCUCCAAGCGAGGCAACCUCAGAAUCAAGUUCAACAUCAAAUUCCCGGCGAGGGUAACAGCCGAGCAGAAGACCGGAAUCAAGAAAUUGCUGGCCCCCUGAACUGGGCCGUGGCUGAGAUACACAUAGCUAGCGCCGUCCAUAUGUAAUUUUUUUUUUUUUUUUUGAGAUAUCGUGUGCAAGUAUAAACCACAUACAUGCAUUUGUAAUGGAGUUGGGAGAAAAAAGAUUUUUGGGGGGGGGGGGGUUGGUGGCGGUGUGGGUUGAUGGGAAUGAGAUAGCACAUUUUUGGGCUUGAAAUUGUGAUGGUAAAUUUUUCCACCUUGAUUUCAGCUAUAAAAAUGUGAAAUGCAUGAGGGUAAGUUGCAGAAA